CGUCACCAUGGACCUCGACGUCCUCGACUGCCCCGUCUGCUUCCACCCCCUGCGCCCUCCAGUUUUCCAGGACCAUGGAGAAGGAGGGGAAGAGCAACGGCACAGACGUUGUCAAGGAAGGUGGAGAUGAUCAGCGAGAGGGAGAGGGCGUCAUCAAGCAGAGUUCCACCAGGUGGUUGGACGUCCUGGACUGCCCCAACCCCAACAGCACUCCCCAUCUGCAGGCCAUGGCUCUCUUGGAAGGGAAUUGCUGCAGCAAAGGCGCGAAGAUCGAAGAAGGGGGUGAAGGUCCGCAAGAGGAAGAGUGCAUCGUCAGCAAGAAGCAUGCCAUUGUCAUCAUGGGGACGGACCUCUUGGACUGCCCUGUCUGCUCCAACCCCCUUAGCCCUCCCAUAUUUCAGUGUUCACUGGGACAUUUCAUCUGCUCGGUAGGAACAGAGAAGGCGUGUGCUGUGUGCUCCAGACCCAUCUCAGACUCCAGACCCAUCUCACACCGCUGCCACGCUGUGGAGCGUAUCGUUGGCUCCGUUCUCUUUCCAUGCUCGUAUCACACACAUGGUUGCACUGGUGUGAUCCCCUACCACCAGAAGGCAGAGCACGAGAAGGCGUGCCCGCACGUGCCUUGCUUCUGCCCAGUCAAAGGUUGCUGCUUCACGGGCAUGACAACUGCGCUCGUAGACCACUUCACUGCCCAGCAUAAGUGGCCGAUGAUGGCUUUCAAAUACCAUGAGCUAUUCAAUAUGCCCGUGAAGGUCGGGGUGCACAUCCUUCAUGGCAGCGGCCAAGGCGAGGACAAAGACAAUGACAACGACCUCAUCCUGCUCCAGGUAGGGUCUCCGGACUCACCGCUCCACAAGGUUUUGUUGGUCCGUGUCCAGGCACACAUGCAGGAGUACACAAUUGCAUGCUCCAUUGGUUUCUCGUGGUUCAGGGGCCAAUACCAGGCCGCAAAGCUGGAGGCGGUCCGGAGCUCGUCACUGUCUAAAGGGAUGCCGAUGUGUUGUUUCUGUUAUGUCCCUGAGGUUUUCCGUGGAGGCUGCAGCCUGUCGUGCUCAAUCUGAAUAUAGGUAUUGAGGAGGAUGAUGAUGACGAAGAUGACAAUGAGGAUGGCGAUGCCGCCGAUGGUCACAGCGAAGCGGACGAUGGCAAGUAGGGUGAUGUGGUGGAUGGUCACAACAGUGAUUGAGGGGUAGCGGAGGUGCGUGCGAGCCGGACAAAAAAGAUUUUGGUUAGUUUGUUGUUUGACGGCAGUGAAUUUGUUGAAGGAUGUGU